AUGGCGGUGAUGUUAUCGCCGUCGCUUGCCCGCUCCCCUUCUGCACCCCGGCAGCCUGCGGGAAGGGUUCGCUUUGUCUGCGGGAGACGCCGAUCAGAAAUCGAGAUCGAACGUGAAGAUAUCGCCGGGAGCGCGGCGGGGUGCCGGGCCGUGCUGAAAAACCACGACGUCACAGGGCGCAACCUUUAUGCGCAUGCUCAGCGUCCCCGGAAGUUGUGUUGUGAGGGCGCGGCGCAAGAUGGCGGCCGCGCGGUGGCUGCGGGGCUGGCGGCUGAGGCGGCCGUGCUGCGCAAGCCGAGCCCGGUGAAGGAACUGUGGGACGGCACGUGCUAUAAAGAUGGAGUGUUUGGGAAAUAGCAGGGUGCCAGGACGAAAACUGAUUUCAUAAACUUUAUCAAAGACCAGGAAUGGAAAUCCACUGAAGCAGUUUCAUCAUGGUUUCAUCCUUCCUUCUACCUGUUUAAGUCAAGGGAUUUUGUCAAGGAAUUGAUUCUGAUUAACUUGGGCAUUUUCACGUACACUUUCCUGCUUUGUUUCAGGAUGAGCAGUAUAUCAGCUUUGUGUCAGAUGUCAGCAUGGAUCAGGUGCUGCCAUGGUUAUUUAACAGGAAGCAUUGGAAUGCAGAUCUGGGGCUCGUACUCUGUGUUCCUGUUGGCAACUCUCUUCUCAGGACUGAUACUGCAACUUACAAUGGUGUUCUUAGCAGACUGCCUCUGUGCUUCUAAAAAACACAGGCCAGCACAGUACCCUUAUUCAAGUAAGCACAUUGUAUGCUUUUAGUUCAGUGAAGCUGUUGGGUAAAUCUUAAUAAAAAUGGGUAUAUAACUUGUGUCUGCAGAAUAGGAGGUUUAGGGAAGAAUUUUCAUGUGUGAUUUGUGCUUUCUUUAACUGCAGCUACUUGCCUUUUAUGGUUUAUAUCGAGAUUGUGUAUGUAGCUAAUAGUAAACUAUUUCUUCAAAAUAAUUCUUUAGGUGAUAGAAAAGUACCAUGUUUCAUUCCUGCAAGCUGUGAAAUGCACGGGAGAUAGAAUAAAGUUGAAUCACUGCCUUCUCUUCUGGAGUUCUCAGUUUUGAAGAGUUGGGGGAUUUGUCUCUUGUUGAGGAGCAAAGUGUCACAGAACUGUAGGGGUUGGAAGGGACCUCUAGGGAUCAUUGAGGCCAACUCCCUGCAGAGCGACUUCCUACAGCAGGCUGCACAGCUUGGCUGCUAGCCUGUUCCUCUAACCUGGAAGACAGCACACCUCUCUGGAGAUAUUAUCUGUGUGGCACCUGGGAGCCUCAGUGCCCCCCAUCAAAGAGUCCCCAAUAACUAAGACUCUCUGCCCUUUUUUGGUGGCACUGGUACUGAUGCAGUGCCCCGAUUGGCCCUGAUCCCUAUGCUUGUUACUCCGUGUUAUCAAUAUGCUUCUCAGGGCUGGGUUCUGACUGCUUUCCAAACUGCUGUCCAGCCCAGGAUCCAUUACUCAGGGGCACUUCAGGGGUUCUCUAUAGCAGAGAAGCAAAACUGCAGCUGUUUCCAUGGAAAGAAAAAUGCUGUAACACUAUAGUGAGUGAGCCAUUUGUGAGGCAUUGCUGUGAAAAGACAAGUUUAAAUAAUUCCUUGGACUGAAGUUGCACUGAGAUACUUGUGGUCUCUAGUUGGGACUGGUUUGGAUAUCUCAUGGCCGUUUGAGUCAUUUGGGUUAGAUGAUUUUUAUGGUUUGGGAAAGAGCUUUCAUGCAUACCAGGCUUUGAGUGAUGGCUGGCGGGUGGGGGGGAAUGUAUUCUUGUGUUGCAAAAAGAAUGUGGGCCAGUUGACAAACGAUGUUUAAAAUUCAGUUCUUUGUAACUUCUUUGCAUUUGCCAAAAAUCCUGCUGCAUAUGGAUGCAAAUCAUCACUGCUACAGACUGCUUCCUCCUCUUGUCCACCUACACACAGUAUAUCAAACCCUACCAGCCGUGGUGGCCAACACCGGUGUGUUUGUCUUGGAGUAGGAUGCUCAAAUGAGGAUUGGCCGAGUUCUGCAAUGAAAGAUCCUUGGCAGGGGGAACAAAUCAACACAAGGUAUGCUCAGCAGCCCGAGCCAGCGUUCAACUGCUGGCUUUUCUCAGCAGAGUGUCUGUUUUGCCUCUGCUUCCUUGGUCUUUCCUCCAUCUCUUCCCUUACAGUGUAUAAGAACAGGGCAGUGUUGUGGCUGCUCUUGGUGCGUGUGCAGUUAGCUGGAAAAAGGCAGUGAUGCUCACUGCAUUUUCUCCUCAACAGGAACAAGGAAUUUGUAUGGCCUGGGGAGUGAGUGAAUGCUCAUACAAGCCCAACUUCCCUCCUUUUCCAUUCUAUUUAUUAUGUAUGACAGAAAGUAAUAGCCAGUCCAAAGGGAAAACAGCUAAAAGUUGAGCUGAAAUGGAUAAUUAAAAUAGUUGGGAUUAGCUUUAAGAGAAACAAUGAAGUAGCUGUCUGGCAGUUUGUAUUUGCCAGCUUGUCAGUUAGCCAUAGGCCUGGUUUUGAAAUGGGCAGAGUUCCAUUUGUGGCAAAAAUCAACAGGAAAGGGGAAAACUCAAUAUGUUGUAGCACUGUUUCUGUGUUUAGAAAUAAGAGAAUACAACUUUGAUAGUAAUUCAAAGACUCUUUUACUUAGAGGUGAGAGAAUGUGCCUGGUGACACUGUCUUGCCUCCUUUUCUGCAUCAGCUGAAGGUCUGGGUCUGUCUCACAGCACAGUGAGGCUGUCUGCCUUGUGGAUGCCAUUGCACAAGGUUUGUUCUGCACUGGUGAGGCUCAGAUCUGCCACGAGCACAGUCACAUCAAUCUGUGCCAUCUGACUCCUCGGGCUGUCCAACACUGCUGACAAAUCACAGCAUGUAUCUGUCUUGGAAUCUGCCAAACAAAGAGAAAAACUCGAGGAGGCCAAGUGCUGUGUUUGUAUGGCCUGAAUUCCAUUGAUGUGCUUUGUCAAGUCACGGGGGAGAAGAGCCCAGAGCCCCUAGAAGUGCUGGCACAGAGCAAUGGGCAGGAUGUGAGCUGGAUGUGGUCUUCGGGGUUGACAGCUGCACUGCUGGAGAAGCUGGAGUGCAGGAAUGAGUGAGCACAGUGGGGAUGUUCUUGGCCUUGUCUUUUGGCUCUCAGGCAGGUGUGAUGCUGCUGCUUCAUGGCAAUGAGGAAGGGCUGAGUGAAUCCUUCCCUUAUCACUGAGCUUGGCUGGUGUGUUCAUGUGGGCUGUUCAGCCUCUGAGGCUUCCAGGAAAAUGUCACACGUUUCCCUUGUUGAAUUUUCCUUACUGUUUACUGGGCUCCAAACCUGAUUUCUUAGGUGACUGGAAAAGUGUCUUGGCUUUGAGGAUAAGUAACCAUGUCCUCCUCUCCUCAUCUCCUGGGCAGGAGCUCAGCUUUUGUUGGAGGUUUCUCUAUUUUCUUUGGCAAAAAUGAAAAGAAAGAGCCCUGCUGGGGUCUGCUGGCCCCUGGGGGGGAGCUGUUUGGCUCGGUGCUUUACUGGAGCUCUGAGCGAUGACUAAAUCCACCCAAAUCCCAGUCUUGAUGCUGCAGAGACCUUGCUGGGCUGGAGGAGCACGGGGCCAGGUCAGAGGCAUAAUAAAACAUCUUUUUUUUUUUCUUUAGGAACUGCUGACUAAAUAACCCUUGGCUAGAUUUAUGUAGAGCGCAUGAUAUCCUGAUGUCCUGUGGUCACUUCUGAAAACACCUCAUUUGUUUUCUGCUCACCCAGGAAAUCAUGAAGCUUGGCUGCUGCUAUGACAGUGAUUUCAGCUCCAAAAUUGUGAAAUCUGGGGCAGGAUCUUGAGAGAUGUAUCUGGCCAUGUGCACACUUGUGGAGCUCAUGGGCAUUGCUCUUUGGGUUUGUCUCUUGCAGUUGUGCAGUUGGCCAUGAGCCGAUGUUCCUCACCAAAGCUCAAACAUCCCAGACAGAGAUCUGCUCCAUUUGGAGCACGGAUCUGUUUGUAAAGGACUUUGGAACAUGUCUCACCAUGGUUUAUUCCAGCUUUACCCUGGAAAGUAGUGGAAGAAGUUGUUGGGUUGUAAGAAGGGAAUCAAGCAAGGAGAAUCAUGGGGCCAUUCAGUUUGGAGAAGACCUCCAACAUCUCUUUCCCAUCCCACUGUGCCCACUGCCCACAUCCCUCAGUGCCACAUCCCCACAGCUCUGGAACACCUGCAGGGACCCUACCACUCCCUGUGCAUCUGUGCCAGCACCUCAUCACUCUUUUGGAGAAGAAAUUGUUCCUAAUAUCCGGCCUUGGAGAUGCACUUAAAGCUUGCUUGGACCAGUGUUAUUACUGAAGGAAAUCUACAGCAAGACCAGAAAUAAUUUCAUAGCUUAACAGAGCAUGGCAAAAGAAUGAAACAAACCAGUUUAAGUAAUUUUAGUUGGGAGUUGAUAGAUGUGCAUACGGUGGGUACAGGGCCAAGCUGUGCCAAUUUAUGGUAUGGUACCUCAUCCCUGGAGGUGCCCAAGGCCAGGAUGGAAGGUGCCAUGGGCACCCUGAGCUGGCAGUACCUAAUGCAGGGGUUGGUAACCCUAGUUUGGAACUAGACGAUCUUAGAGAUGAUCUUCCACCCCAACCAUUCUUUGAUCUCAGCGCUGCUUCGCACACUGCGCAUUGCCCUUGGCCAGGGCCUGGCUGGGGAAACAGCAGUCAGCUGGUGGCAGCAGAGCCGUGCAGUGUGCAAGCUGCUCGCAGAGCUGGUUUUGUCAGGGUUUGCUCCCUGCAAAGCCUGGGGCUUUGUCACCGCCUGGAAAGGCUGGGGGAGAAUGGAGCUGCAGUGCUGCCCUCGGGCUGGGGGCUGCUGCAUCUGGCUGCUUCAUCCGUCCCUUCUCUCUCCUCGCUGCCUCUCCCAGUUCCGACACGUAUUCCUGCCCAUCGGGCCCAGCCCACGUCUGUUGUUUCUGGCUGGAUCUGCAGAAGCUGUUUAUUUACAAAUCUCUCCAGAAUUGGCCUCUUUUGGUUCAAACUGACGCGGGCGUUGCUUGAAGGAAAGCUGAUUUUUGACAGUCAGCGUGAGGAUGGGAACAGAUGGAGGCUUUGAUGCAUUAGGUAUCUCCGAGUGUUGUCCUCCUGCAAAUCAGCUUGGUUUUCUCCAUUAGCAUAAGAAGCAGGAAAAAGGAUUUCAUUUCUCCAAACGUUUCCCCUUACCCCACCUCUCCAGCUCAGAGAUGCGUAUUGCUGCGUACCAGCAAAGCGGCUCAGCUCCUUCUGCAGAGAAGCAGCAGCAGUUCCCAAUCCAUCGCUGGCACUUCUCCCUCCCUGGGGUGCGUGCUGUGCUCUCCACCAUGGGAUGCUAAAACGAGAGCCUUCCUGGGGCCGUGAGUCAUCUGCAGUGUGAAUUACUCGUUCUGCUUCGCCGAGAGCAGGAGAGAUCUGAGCGGGGCCACGCUUACUCACGGCUGCUCUUCCAUCACAGCCAACUCAGGGCAAUGCAGGCAGCGCAGAUGCGGAGAGCGCGGCUGCACUGUGAAUUAUUGAUAAGGGAAUAACAGCACUGGGAGAUAAUCUCUGGUGGAGCACGGAGAGUAAAUCUCUGCACAGGGAGUGAGUGUCCCCGUUAGGAGAGUUUCUCCUAGGCAGGGGAUAGCAGCAGCAAAAGGUUUUGCUUGAGUGCAGUGCGCAGAAACAGGCUCCAUGCAGCAUUUCAGGGAAGGAGUUUGGCUGGGAGAGGGACAGUUGUACCCCCAGGCCCUGCUCUUCCUUUGGGAAUGUCAAAAUAUGCAGCUGAGAGCUGCAGGUCCUCCAGGAGGAGGUCAUUGAGUCACUGCAAAUGAAGUUGGCACCCCAUUGGCACCAGCCUGCUUUUCUCCACGUGGACAGAUGGGGGUGCCUGCUCUUGCCCAACCCAAAAUGGGUGAGCAGGGAUGCCCAUAUCCAUAGACUCAUGGAAUCACAGAAUGGUUUGAGUUGAAAGGAGGCUCUAAAGGCUGUCUGGUCCCACUCCCAUGGCUCUAUCAGGUGCUCAGCCUGACCUUGGCUGUUUGUGGGGACAGAAGCAUCCUAACCCCAUGGAUGCCAUGCCAGUCUGGCCCUAUGGCUCCCAUCACACCUGCUGCUCCAGCUGCUGAGUGCCAGGGGCCAUGUCUCAGUUACUCUGCAUGGCACAGGGCAGGAAGCAUGCUGGCAGUGUAGGGCUGGGUGAAUGCCCCCAGUGAAAGCACCAUCUGUGACAUGCACACAUCACCUGCACCGACUUGAUGCUGUCUGCUGCCCCAGCCUUGCUUUGCUGGCUGGCCAUCUGCUUUCUUCAUAAUGGGUUUGCACCAUCUGUAGCAUUGACAGCCCCGUAAAUUUCACAGAGCAAUGGAUGUCAGUGCUGGAACUUAAUUUCCCACCAUAUCAUAGAAUCACAGAAUGGCUUGGGUUGGAAGGGACCUCAAGGAUCACAAAGCUCCAACCCCCCAC